AUGGAGGAGGUGGGCGUGGACGUCCCUCCCCCGCGAGAGAAGCUCUCCUCUCAACUGGACAGGGACGGAGGAAGCCGAGGUGGCGUCGUGCUCGUGGCCACCGGGAGCUUCAAUCCUCCCACGUACAUGCACCUGCGCAUGUUUGAGUUGGCAAAGGAUGAACUCGAGCAGCGAGGUUAUUCUGUGUUGGGCGGCUACAUGUCUCCGGUGAAUGAUGCAUAUAAGAAGAAGGACCUCUUACCGGCUGCUCAUCGAAUUCGCUUUUGUGAACUUGCGUGCAAAAGCUCAUCUUUUGUGAUGGUUGAUCCGUGGGAGGCAAUGCAGAAAGGUUAUCAGCGCACUUUGACCGUUCUUUCGAGAGUCCGAAACUCACUGUGCAAGGAUGGUGUAGCUGACCAAGGUAGCCUGAAGGUAAUGCUUUUAUGUGGUUCUGACUUGCUCGAGUCAUUCAGCACUCCAGGUGUUUGGAUCCUAGACCAGGUCAGAACCAUAUGCAAGGACUUCGGUGUCAUAUGUAUACACCGAGAAGGAAAAGAUAUUGGGAAGUUGAUAGCCAACAGUGAUAUAUUGCAAGAAUGCAGGGAUAACAUUAUUUCAGUCGAUGAGAUUGUGCCAAAUCAGAUCAGUUCAUCCAGAGUAAGAGACUGCAUAAGAAGAUGCCUAUCGAUAAAGUAUCUUACUAGUGAUGAAGUAAUUGAAUACAUUAGAGAACACAAGCUGUUUAUGGAAACUGAGGGCGUUGAUACAACAUUGUAA